ACCAUAGGGGUGCCAUGCGGUCCUUCUUCUACCUCCUAUACCUAUGCAUCUUCUUCGUCGUUGCUUCCAUCAAUGCCUUUGUACCCUCCACUCCUGCUCCUGUACCUUUUCCUUCUACUUCCUCUUUGACACGUAACGCUCAAAUGCUGGGACGUCGCCAUGGGCGUGUCCUCACACAGGCCAAGAAACGCGGUGGAGCAGCCUCGGGCCCGCAGAGCGUGACAGGGGAGUCUUUGAGAGGGUUCACAAAGGUUUUAGACGUGGGAAGCGAGCUGGCCGAUGCUGAAGGGAGUCAGAAAGCCGUCGGCCCUCUGAAGGACGACAAAUUUCUUCUCCUUAUCAGACGGAAGGAAGGGCGAGUCAGUGCAAUCGACGCCAAUUGUGGCCGGUGCAAGUUCCCGCUCUUAAAGGGCAAAGUCUCGGAAGACCCCAGUGUGGAGGAUGACGAGGACAAGGGAAUCAUCACCUGUCCAUUGUGCGCCGUGCGUUUCUCCCUGGCCAGUGGUCUCGUCACGGGUGCUCAAGCCGACAACGUACUCCAGCGUGUCUCCGCCUCCUUUUUCAGCAAGCAGAUCGCAUCGGGCCUCAAAACCUACGCCGCCGCAGCCGGCACGGACGGGAGUGUGUAUGCGAAGCUCCGGUAGAUAUCGAUGCCACUUCUUCUUCUCCCUUGUUCAUUCCUGCUCCUUCUGCCCUUGCUCCUUCAAAUCAGGCGGUGAUGCGUCAAGGUGGG